AUGAAUCAAUUCUAGGAUGUAUUCAAUGAAUUUUCACAAUUACACAAUCAGAAAUACAAUUUAGGGGAAAUACUAUCAUUUUUGGAUUCAAAAUGUGCUAAUGGUUAUUUUGAUAGAGAUGUUUUUUAAUAAUUGAUUGAUUAAAUCCCCUAAGCAUAAUCACAAUAGUAAUGCUCCAUUAAUUAGUUAAUUAAUGUCUUCAAGAAGGCAUAGGAUGUUUUGAAUGAUAAAAUAAGCAAAAGUUAGCAAAUCAUAGAUUAGAAAAAUAUUGAAAUUAGAGCCUACAAUGAUAAAAUUAGGUAAUCACAAACAAGCAGUGUUAAUUCAUCAAGCAAAUUGAAUGUCGAAAUUCUUGAUGCUGAGAUUAUGUAUUAAGGAAAUGGAUAGUUGUAAGUAAGUUUGGAAUGUAUGUCAUCGGUUGUUUAUACAUAGUUGGCAAAAAGACAAUAACCAGUUUGGAAUGAAACCUUCGACUUUAAUGUCAAUGAGUAAGCAGUAUUGAAAUUUAUUUUACUGGAUACAGAAUUGUAGCAGAAAAGGGGGAAUGGAGGAGUUGCUUACAUAGACAUCAAUACUUUUGGAGAUUAAAUGCUUCAUGACUUUACUGUCAAUUUGACAGAUGAAAGCAAUUCAAUAGUAAGAGCCAAGUUGCAUCUUAAAAUCUAAUGGAUCUAUUCGAAAAAUAAAUACUUGUAAGAUUUAAUUAAUGAGAAUAUGAUAUAAAUCAAUUAAUUGGAAUAAGAGAUCAAUGAUCACAUUGUAGAUUUGGAUAUCAUAAAUUCCCCAUUUAAACAGGCAUUCAAAUUCUAAAAUAACCUGACUAUAUCCACAUAUCAAACAUAACCAAAUUAGUAAUAGCAAUAGGCAAGUCCAUUGUUAAUUAGUGAGAAUUAAAUCGAUAGAUUAGUUUAGAUUUCAUUGUUAUUAAUUAUUCUGUACUUAGUAUUCGGAUUGUUGAAUAGUAUGUAUCGAACAUUAAAUUUUGAUUUCUUAGUAAUUUUUUAUUGCUUUUUGUUUUAUUAGAAGAAUUAUAAGCUGCAAUCCUUGCUUCACAUUAAGAUCAUUAUGGUCAUGUUAGGUGUUGCUUUGUUGAUGGACAUAAUAUGGCUUGCAAUUUAUAGUACACCUUAUUUGGGAGAGUUUAAUGCACAUUUUGAUCAUUUUGAAUAUGGAUUGCAAAAAUAUCAAAUAAUAUUGAGUUGGUUGCUGUUAUUUGUGAAGAUUGUUGUAUUGAUGUUCUAUGUUCAUAUAUAUGCUACAUAUCCAGAUAAAUCAACCUAAGUUUACGAUUAGUAGUGGAAUGCGAUAUUUGGAUGGAGGGAUGGAAAACAAAUCAAUGUCUACCGAAAUUACAAUUGA